ACCAGUCAGGCAGCAGUGAGUGGAGGGUGCACAAUUCAACAGCUCCUGCAUGCAAGCAAGCGCCUGGACGUCGAGCAUGAAGAACUGGGCAGCAUGCUCGGACCUGAGCAUUGACACGUUGACGUCACCCUUUCCUCCGUCCUCUCAUUGUUUUGUCUGUAGCAGUGCCGAGAUUCUAGAACUCGAGGUCACUCAUUUUCGGGGCCCCAGUCUGUCUGUGGCUCACAGUUGGAGUCAUGGCCAAGAAGCUUUAUUAUGAGUUUCAACUUAAUACUACGCAAGAUUAUGGGGAUGAAAUAGUGUAUGAGGACGGGGUUGUGGCCUCCUCCUCAGCCUCAGCCAAGGAAGCAGUUGGUGGCCAUUGUGGAUGCUGCAUAGGUCUCCCAUAUAUCAGACUCUAUGACAGCAUCCAGGGCCAGGAUAGCGAGAGGGACUCUGAGGAAAGUGAUGCCAAUGUGGGAGAAAGCAGUGGCCACCCGGAAUGUUCUUUGGAGCUUGACCCAGAAGAUCUGAACACCUCAGCGGCUGGUGUGGCAAGGAUUCCUCAGAGGCACCAGGGUCCUCAAAACCAUUUCCAUUUCACACGACGCCAGAUCCAGAAAAUGGAACAAGUCUUUAAAAAAUCCCAGUACCCAGAUUUGGCUGCCAGGGAAGAACUUGCGAGAGCUCUGAACGUGCCUGAAGACAAACUGAAGGUGUGGUUUGCCAAACGAACAGCCAAAGAGAGGAAGAAGAAAACACUCGUACGGUAGAAAACACACCUCCAGUUGAAGACAUCAUUAUACUUAGAGACAUAGAAGAAGAUUCUUCCUAGAAUGGCAUCAUCCUUCGUUCAGGAGCCAAGUGGCUAAUUGGUGACCCAUGGUCCCAUUGCCAAGCUUA